AUGGCGUCCCCAAUCGAAUCCGAUCAGAGCUUAAUUUUUGACAUAAAAUUAUCGACUGUGGUGCCGGCGAGCAUCACCGGGGAGGACAAGGUCCGUGAGUUCACGGCAGCAGAUUUGGCCGUGAAGCUGCACCACAUCACCACCGUACACUUCUUCAGCCCGGAGGCAGCCGCGGGGCUGAGCGUCCAGGACCUCAAGGCGCCCAUGUUCCAGUGGCUGCAGCUUUACUAUCCAAUUUCCGGCAGAAUCCGGCGCCACAAGGCCGGCGGGAGGCCGUUCGUCAAGUGCAACGACAGCGGCGUUCGGAUCGUGGAGGCUAAGUGCGCCACGACUGUGGAGAAGUGGCUGGCGGCGGAGGGGAGCCACGGAAGGCUUGUUUAUAGGCAGCCGAUGCUCGCGCGGGAUCUCGGGUUCACACCGCUCGUGAUUCUGCAGGUACGUACGUACGCCACGUCUGAUCAUAUCCCCACUAAUGCUUGUGGAUUGAAUUAUUUGUUUAGGAACAAUUAA